GAAUCGGAAUCCACCUCUUCCUCUCUGGUCUAAGUAAAUAGUUCGUAGCCUGUAUCGGUCUGUAGUGUCUGUCAGUGUCUACAUUGUAUCGCGAUGAAUUCGUAGCGGCAACGACUACGUCUUGAAGAUAUGGUGUCGUGCAUCGUAGAGAUCGAGUGGAUGUGAAAACGAAGAGAACGCUGUUAUUCAACGUCGUGAUUUUCAUUGAAGUAAACGCGACGCGCGCAAUUGGAAGGCAUGCCGCAAUUUCACAAGAUCGAGAUUAACAGGACGGAAUGGGAGGUACCGGAACGGUAUCAAUUGCUCACUCCCGUGGGUUCGGGCGCCUAUGGUCAAGUCUGUUCAGCAGUGGAUACAACUACUGGGCAAAAGGUGGCGAUUAAAAAAUUAGCCAGGCCAUUUCAGUCAGCUGUGCACGCAAAACGCACGUACAGAGAAUUACGUAUGUUAAAACAUAUGAAUCAUGAAAAUGUAAUAGGACUGUUAGAUGUAUUCCAUCCGUCUUCAUCUUUGGAAGAUUUUCAACAUGUAUACCUAGUCACACAUCUAAUGGGCGCCGACUUGAAUAACAUUGUCAGAACGCAAAAGCUUUCUGAUGAUCAUGUGCAAUUUCUUGUUUAUCAGAUUCUCCGUGGUUUGAAAUAUAUUCAUUCUGCAGGAAUCAUACAUAGGGACUUGAAGCCAUCUAACAUAGCGGUUAAUGAGGAUUGUGAAUUGAAAAUAUUGGAUUUUGGCUUGGCCAGGCCAACAGAGAACGAGAUGACCGGCUAUGUUGCUACUAGGUGGUAUAGAGCGCCUGAAAUUAUGCUUAAUUGGAUGCAUUACAAUCAAACAGUUGACAUUUGGUCAGUUGGAUGUAUUAUGGCAGAACUAUUAACUGGAAGAACAUUAUUUCCUGGAACAGAUCACAUUGAUCAUCUAACACGAGUGUUAGUACUCUGUGGUACACCCACAGAAGAAACAUUAAGCAAAAUUACUAGCCAAGAGGCUAGAAAUUAUAUUCAGAGUUUACCACCGUUAAAAAAAAAAAAUUUCAAAGAUGUGUUUCGUGGGGCUAAUCCAUUAGCUAUUGAUUUGCUGGAAUUGAUGUUGGAAUUGGAUGCAGAAAAAAGGAUUACAGCGGAACAGGCUUUAGCACAUCCAUAUCUUGCACAAUAUGCGGAUCCAACUGACGAACCUGUUUCUCUACCAUAUGAUCAGAGUUUCGAAGAUAUGGAUCUUCCAGUAGAGAAAUGGAAAGAACUUGUGUACCAUGAGGUUGUAAACUUCGUCCCACAGCAGCUACCUACAUUGUCUUCAACAAUUGAAACGACUUCUUAAGAACAACUUCUUAAAAAUAAUUAUAACGCGUGUAAUAUAGAUUUAAGCACAGUAAGAUACAAUAAUAUAGAUUAACAAUAGAUGAUCAUGAGUGAAAAAUAUACAUUAUGUAUAAUUGUUCUAUACGAAAAUAAUAUUGUAUAUAUAAUUUAUAAAUAACAUAGUAUAUCAAGUAGUCGAGCUAAUUUCUAGAAGAUAGGAUAUAUAUUUUUGUCGAAAAGAAAACUAUAAACCCGCUUAAACGGUUAAUUAUGUAACUCAGUUAUCAGUUGAUUGUCAAUAAUGUCUAUUACACAACAAUUUUGUUGUGUAUACAUUUUUUUAGUUAUUUUAUUAAGUAUCCAUUCUCUUAAUCCGUGAAAGAGAUCAUUAUGCAAUUAAUUGAUUUUAUAAAAUAUUUGAUUAUCAUAUAUAAAUUAUGAUGAACCUUGC